AUGGACGCCGAUUGUGCCGGCUAUCCGUUUGCAUAUUGCGACCCGUUAGAAACGUCGGUAACGUGCCCGUCUGGUCAAACAUACAUCCAUGAGGCGGGAAUCUGCAUGACAGCUCAGUCUCCCGGAGAACCAUGCCAGUACACCCAGCAAUGUGCAGCUGCUGAACCUGGGGCGUUUUGUUUACGACUCACGUGUGAAUGCGCCUACGGAAUGGUACCAAGCAGCAAUGGAUGCACAUUCGUUAGUGAGGAAUGCCACGAAAGAGGUCUUGUUUUCAUUCCGGAAAUCGGCGAAUGUCGUGAAGUGCUAUCUCCUGGAAGUCGUGGAUGUUCUCAUAAUCUUCAGUGUUCGCAAGCGUUUUCCGAAGCGACAUGUGUUCUGCAAACAUGUACAUGUCCCUCUAGCCUUCCUGAGGCUGUCGAAGGCACUUGUGGAAAACUAUGUGCUGCUGGUCAAACCUAUUCCGCUGUUGCAGGCCAAUGUCUUCCAACCUUUCAACCUGGCGAUCAGUGCCUUUACACAUCUCAGUGUCAUGCGGUACAUCAUGGCAUGAUCUGUGAACGCAACAUAUGUCGUUGUCCGAACGGGCUGGUGUUCACUGGUUCGAUAUGUGCACGAUUAUGCCCAGCGGGCUACAUGGUCAAUGACAAGGGUGUUUGCACUUUGGGUAAUUUCGUCUUGUAA